AUGAAAAGACAGACUCGUUGUAGAACCAAUGGCAAGUUAGCAGCUCGGUACAUUGGACCAUAUGAGAUCAUUGAGAAAAUUAAUCCAGUGGCAUAUCGGGUAGCUCUCCCUCCUGAUAUGAAGCAUGUACAUAAUGUCUUUCAUGUUUCAAUAUUGCGAGGUUAUCUCCGGGAUCAUUUUCAUGUUAUUGAGCCUACCCAUGUUCUUUUGAGUGAUGACUAUACCUAUGAAGAGCUGCCCAUACAAAUUGUAAAUCGACGGAUCAAAAAGUCAAGGAACAAGGACAUUUCAUUAGUGAAAGUAGAUUGGCCAAAUCAUGGUGGGAUUUAUGCAACUUGGGAAAGAGAGGACGAUAUGAAGAAAAGAUAUCCCGAGCUUUUUCCAUUGGGUCCUGUGUUCUUCAUAGAGGAAGGAUAUGAAUUGAACUUGUCUGAAUCAGUAACUUAUAUGCAUGAAAAUUAA